UCGGUCAGGCUUAUGUUGAAAGAAGCGAUGUGCUUUACGAAUUGGAACUUUUCGACAGUUGUAUCGAGGUGAUUGCUUCUUGAGGAGACUACAUUGGUCUAUAUUGUUUUGUUUUUUCUUCUUCGGUUGUAUGGAGUUUUCAUUUCAGGAUUUGCAAUUAGCCGCCCAAUGCGCGAACGCAAACACGGCCGAAGUCGAAUCCAAACUCGAAUCUGCGCGCCUAGCACAAUCGAAAAAGGCUGACGAAGUUGGAGUUGAUGAUGAAGAGGUAAUACCGCGGGUAACGCACGCCGCUAAUAGUGCAAUUGCGUGCGCCGGGGAUUCGGUAACGAUAAAGAAGACCAUCGAUUGCGGGCGGUUCGUGGCAGCCACAAAGGAUAUACAAAUCGGCGAGGUAAUUGCUGUGGAAAAAGCGUUCGUCGCAAUCGCGCACGCCGACCCCGACGUGACCGCCACGCAUUGUCAACAAUGCCUGCGAAUGAAUUAUGCGCCCGUCCCGUGCGACCAGUGCACCUUUGCGAUGUACUGCUCCGCCGCGUGUAAAUCGCAUGCGUGGAAGCAUCAUCAUCAGUUCGAGUGUCUCAUCGUCAGCCCCAGCUUACCGCUGUUAACGCGGUUCGCCAUCCGGCUGGCCAUCAUCACCGCGCCGCUCUACGACGUGAUUGAGACAUAUCCGACUGAAAAUGACCUCCCCGAAGAAAGGUACGAAUCCGACCGGUAUAAAGAGAUCCACAAUUUGUGCACCAAUACGCCGAUGCGUAGCGUCGCCGACCUUUUUCGGCGCUCUGUCACCGCCGCCCUGAUUUACGAGCUCGUCGAGGCGAACACGACAUUUUUUACAACCGCGAAUGAUCUCGGCCCACGAAAGAACCGCGAUGUGUUCAAGGGCUUACUCCUGCGACAUAUGCAAACCGGGCCGUCCAAUUUCCACACGAUCAACGAAAAACUGCGCUCUGUCAGUGGGUCGGCACCACCCAGCGGGAGUAUGAUUGAAGUAGGGGCCGGUGCGUACAGUUUUCUUUCAAUGGUCAACCAUUCGUGCGCACCGAAUGUAAUGCGGCAUUGUUAUGGCGCCACAACGGUCUUGCGAGCAAUACGAUUCAUUCGCCAAGGAGAAGAACUACUCGAUAAUUAUGGGUACCACUUUGCUGUAAUGCCGAGAAAUGAGCGUCGACAGCAGCUCAAGUCGCAGUACUUAUUCGAUUGCAACUGCGAGGCGUGCAAGGAAGACUGGCCGUUUUAUCACGAUCUCAAAAUCGUUGCAGGUCAACCGGAUGUGUCAGCUGAUGAAAUCGCUGCUGUGGAAGCUGCCGAUCGGAAAAGUAUUCUGCGGAUACUCGACGCGCUUAUCGGAAAAGCGCGCGUGCUCACAGCUGUCAGGCAACCCGCAGCGAACAUCGAAGGAGUGCAGGAAUGCAUCAAGGAGUGCUACAGCCGGCUGGCAAAUAAACGAUUCGUUGAUUAAUGAUAUGCGCAAAGAGAUUUUACGACGCUCGUUGGUUUUUUGUUGUCGGUAUGACUGACAUGUUGAAUAAUUGGCUCAUCAUUAAAAUAUAUUUAUUACAGUUGAAUUGGGUCAGAACGAUAAACUUUACCAUCCGAUGAUAAUAUUUUUCAAAACACACUCAUUUCCAAGUUGUAAAACUUGUAUUCAAUUAGCCACAAUCACAAGCAUGAUGAGAAUUGUUUUUAGUUUUUAGUGUGCUUAUUUAUGGCAACGUGAAUCGCAAUCGAUAGUCGUAAACUUGCUAAACCGAUUUUCCUUAUUGCCUUCUAAUAAUAAAACAUUUCUGAAUUUUGCAAAUGUUUGUUAGUUUGCAAUAAAUUUCGUUGUUUCGUCGUUGGCGCGACGACCUUGUUUUGGCAA